AUGGAUCGUAGCAGAGAAGAGAACCGUACUCUUGAUUAUGCAUGUACAAAAUCACAACCAACGCUUUCGCCAUCUCCCAAAGAUUCCUAUUGCACCCAGGAGACAAUGUUACUGCCUACGGCCACCUCUCCUUCCAAAAGCCUAAUCUUUUGUACUUUUCACCUUUUCACUCUCCCUUGCUCGUCCCGACCUCGGAUACAAAAACGGUGGAAAUCCAUCACACCGUACGAGAAGAAAAUUGGGCCGGAAAGCCAAGAAAGAAAAUCCCGCUGCCCUUCACGAACACCGGUGCAUCCAUCGGCUUGCAAGAAUCCAUCUCCUGCUCUCAGCCGCACACCUCUCCACUUCCCACCACUCAGGAGAUGGCCGUCACCCUGGAAGGAUUUCUGCGAGUCGCUUACUGGCUCGCCCCUCAUACCCUGCAAAAUCGUUUGGACAUACGCUGCGGAGACCGUGUUUGGACACCAUAUCCAAAGUGAUUGCCUCGAGGUGUUAAGGUCUAUACCCCACCAAAUUUUCCUUUUGCUCCAACGCUUUGAAUUUUCUCUGCUAUAAGUGUGAUGCAUUUGAUCGACAUUCCUUUCUUCAUCAUUAAGAACUGACUUGAGUCGCGGUC